GGACCGGACCAGCCCGGACCGGCCGGAGCUGAGCAUGAAGAAAUAUAAAGCAGUUGGCAAAAUAGGAGAAGGAACAUUUUCUGAAGUUAUAAAGAUGCAGAACCUAAAAGAUGGAAGUUACUAUGCAUGUAAACAGAUGAAACAGCAUUUCGAAAGCAUUGAACAAGUGAAUAAUCUACGAGAAAUACAAGCACUGAGGCGUCUGAAUCCACACCCAAAUAUUCUUACAUUGCAUGAAGUUGUCUUUGACAGAAAAACUGGUUCUCUUGCACUAAUAUGUGAACUUAUGGACAUGAAUAUUUAUGAGCUAAUACGAGGGAGAAGGCGCCCACUCUCAGAAAGGAAAAUAAUGAACUAUAUGUACCAGCUGUGUAAGUCCCUUGAUCAUAUGCAUCGAAAUGGAAUAUUUCAUAGAGAUGUAAAGCCAGAAAAUAUAUUAAUAAAGCAGGAUCUUCUGAAAUUAGGAGACUUUGGAUCAUGUAGAAGUGUUUAUUCUAAGCAGCCAUAUACAGAAUAUAUCUCUACUCGUUGGUACCGGGCCCCUGAGUGUCUCCUUACAGAUGGAUAUUAUAGCUACAAGAUGGACAUGUGGAGUGCUGGCUGUGUGUUUUAUGAAAUCAUGAGUCUGCAGCCUCUGUUUCCUGGAGCUAAUGAACUGGACCAGAUCUCCAAAAUCCACGAUGUUAUUGGCACACCUCCUCAGAAGACUCUUACCAAAUUCAAACAGUCAAGAGCUAUGAGUUUUGAUUUUCCUUUUAAAAAGGGAUCAGGAAUCUCUCCGAUGACAUCGACUUUGUCCCCUCAGUGCCUUUCUCUGAUCUAUGCAAUGGUAGAAUAUGACCCAGAUGAAAGAAUCAGUGCCCACCAGGCGCUGCAGCAUUCUUACUUCCGAGAACAAAGGGUAUCAGAGAAGCAAGCUCUCGUAGCCCGCAGGAAAGUAGGAUUGGCAGAACGUCUGAGAGAACCAGAAUCACUCAGAAAUGUGUGGCAGAUUUCAAAGGAAGGAAAAAAGCAGCUCCAGUCUUUGAAGCAAGUGGAAGAACGCUCGGAAAGGCAGGGAUCCACCUGUCCGGUGGAACUCCCCAAACUGAAGGUCUCUGGAGUAACCACACUGACAUCUUACUCCAGCCCUACCACCCUGCGUGCUGUUCUUAGUGGCUCUGGGACAAGUGGAAAAGUCCCUAUCUUAAAGCCUCUGAAAUACAUUGGAACAAACAAGAAGACAGAUACACAGAAGGACAUUAAGUCUAACAUGAAACAAUACCGUUUGCCCACGAUAGAAAGAAAAAGUGGAGGAUACUGA